CUCCGGUAAUCGUAAACACGCCUCUGUUACUGUCUCUCUUUAAUGCAUUGAACUCGCGUUCUCUUUCUCUCUCCAAUCACUAGGUAUAUAUUACGAACCCAAGAGUUCGAGUGUAGGGUGGCUGGUCGAUUGAAUCCGCAAGAAAACCAAGUGGCAACACUGUAACAUAUAUUUAUCAUUCAGCAUUUAUAUCGUUUAUUUUACUUUUUUAGCAGUAACCCAAAAUGUGUUUACAUUCAAAAACUAUUAUUGUGUGAUCAAAAGAUCAAUAUUUAUAAAAUUGAAGAGAAAGUUUGUGUCAAGCUUUGUGCGUCUCUGGCUUCUGCUCCUCUAUUUAUCCUUAAAAAGUUUUGUUGUAUUUUGAUUCAUUUUUAUCAGAUGGUAUCGAACGACUACAAUUUGAAAUUACUUAAAAUCUCUGAUCUUUAUUUACAAUGGAAACUUGUAUUAUGCACUUAAUCGACAAGUUCAUUAUUCCAUUUUUCUCAACCGACUAACCUUAACGAAAAUUCGCGAUUAGCGAAUUUUCCAGAGGUUUAUUGUUGCAGAUUUACUAAAACAUCUCAUUAUGUCUGAAAGUACAAAAAAGAUCAAAACAAGGUUUCAUCCAGUACAUGGGCAAAAUAUCAUCUUAUAUGAUGAUAAUACAGUGGCUUAUCGCAAGUCAAGCUUUGCAAAUGCUUUGGUUUUUAGUGAGGAACCACUUCUUCCAAAUGAAAUUUUCUUAUUAGAAAUAGAAAAGGAUGAGAGAGGAUGGAGUGGACACAUAAGAAUUGGUUUAACUCAAAUAGAUCCACACAGUAUAAAUAAAACAAACAUGUCACAUUACGAUGCUGCACUACCUAAUUUAAUGAAUAUGGGUUCAAGUUGGGUUUUUGCAAUGACUGAAAGUUUUAAUAUUUGGGAUAGUUUUGAAGGAAUUGCAGGAACUGGUUAUGGUGAAGGUAUUCCAGCCAGAGAAAAAAGGUUAAUCACAGAUGGUGUCAAUGUACAGACUUCUCGCGGUCUUAUACCUUACAGUGCUUUGAGGCCAAAUGUUGUAGGCUCAUCAGAAAAUAUACUACCAACUGAUACUGGUAGUCGAAUAGGUGUUAUGUAUGUACCGCAGGCCGGCUCUGAUAAAGCAGAAAUGCAUUUUAUAAUUAAUGGCGAAGAUCAAGGAGUUUUUGCCAGAGAUAUUCCUUACAAAGCAGGACCUUUACAUGCUGUUGUUGAUGUUUAUGGAACCACAAAGCAAGUUAGAAUUGUACAGUUAUAUGGUGCUUCACUGACACUUCAGAGUGCAUGCAGGGAUACAAUAUUACAAUACACAAAGAGGACUGGUGUUGAUGCGCUUCCCCUGCCAAAAAUGUUAAAAAAGUAUCUUCUGUAUCAGUCACAGUAACUUGAAUCUGAUUACGUUAAGAGUCUGAAAAGUAAGAUUGUGCCUGUUAAUACUUUAAUUUCCAUAUGUUAUACCUUUUUCGUACAUAACUUUUAUGAGAUUUGUUAGGUACUGCAGAUUUUUUUUAUUGCUUUGACAAGCAUAGUUUGAAUUUUUAUAUUGUAAUAAUUAUCUAAUAUGGAGUCGCGAUUUAUUAAUAUUUUUUUUAAAUCAAUGUACUGUGAAAUACUUUGAACAUAUUUGAAAAUGCUUGAUCAUUGUUUUAAAAAUACAAAAUUACGAAUAAAGAUCCAUAUAAUUUGUUAUUUGAUGCUAAACGCAAUCAAAAGUGAGUAGUGAUUGUUAAAGUUGUACAAAGUCAUUUAACCUCUAAAGCAAGUCAUUAAUGUAGAUUGAAUUAGUUUUUUUAUAUUCUAUGAAAAAUGUUUUUUUAGUUAUUUAAUCAUAAUCUUUGGUUUGAAACUUGAAAUUAGUUUACGUGCUGCAGAGUCACGUUCAAUUUAUUUCUAUUCUCAAAAAAAUAGUAAAUAUUAUUAUUAAACAUUAUAUAGAUGUUUAUUGUCUAUCAUUAAAAUGACAUUCAUUAAUAAUAAAUUGUCUGCAUUCAAUUAAAAAAGAUACAGCUAGGUAAGGGGCGAUUCAUGUACGUAUGGCAUAAAUUAAUGCAACCUAUUAUCAGAUUUUGAAAGUUUCUAUAGUUAUGCUUUAUUAAUUUAUCAAGCUCCCCCCAUACCUUUGAUUAUGAUUACGUGUUUAUGGUAAAAAUUAAAAUAUUGACUGAACUUAAAAGUUGCAAAUAUAAAAAUUAAAAAUUAUGUAAAAUGAAAAGCCAGUUACUUUUUAGUAUGAAGAAUAUUUUUUAUUUACUAUUGUAUUUUGUCAAAUGCACUUUUUGUAAAAAAACAUGCGUAAGAAAGACGAGUAUAAGUAUGUCUUGUUAAGAAAACAAUGAGCAGUAACUUAUUUUAUAAAAUAAAUGUAUAUAUAAACUAUGAACUUGUAUGUUAUCCAUUAUUAUACACAAUAUUCAUGAAUACAGUGGAUUUUAAACAUUUUUCGUGAUUUAUACAGCAACAAAUAUGUCAUUCAUUUUUUUCGAGAAAUUCAUAUUCAAUUCGAAACAUAUGGACAGCACAAAAUGUUGAUUUGUACUAGAAACGAAGAUACCAAGUCCACGCUUAAUCGUUUAUUUU